GGGUAGGCGGAGGGCAAUUGGGACAGCCGAGCCUCACAGGCCACAGAAUACACACAGUGCUGUAAUCAUCAUGGGGAACUCAGUGAGCAACGGUGGAGAAGAUGAGGAAGCGGGUAUGGAACAGGAGGAAGAGGCCGGAGAAAUGGGAUCAGAUUCGGCCGGAGGAUCAGGGACUGAGGUCGCACCCUUACAACCAGGAGUUCCUGGUUUGGCCUCACGAAGACUUCUGCCACCUUCUCCAGGAGUGCUUUUGGAGCAGGCCCGGCUGCGGGAGGCGGCUGCUCGCUUGCGGGAGGAGGGAGCUCCCGAGUCGGUUGUUUCUAGGCACCACAGCGCCCUGCUCCGCUGGCUGGAGGAGAGGUUGAGUCGCGGCGAGGAGGUGCUGAGCCGGGACCAGUUCAUAGAGAUGCUGGAGAGCCGGGCCAGUGGACGGGAGGAGUGCGAGGAGGCAUUUGCACAGUUUGAUGCAGAAGGCGAUGAAGUAGUAGACUUGGAGAAUAUGUUGGAAGCCAUCAAGGCCUCAAGUGGUGCUAAUCUUCAAGGGGAGCUGAGUCACGUAAUAAGACAGCUGCAGGCCUGCUCUCUCACCCCAGGUUUCAUUGACAUAUUCUCCAAAUCCAAGGAGCGACUAAGUUUACAUUCUUUAAAGACGUUGCGAUUUUUACAUCGAAAUCGCAUCCCCAGCACUGUGAUCCCGUUCCCUGUGUUGGAGUGCUGCAAUAACAUCUGCAACAUGCGCUCUGCUGUUCUUAAAGACUACUUACAAAAGCUGCAGAAGAUAGAGAAGGAAUGUCCAGCAAUUUUAACUGGAGAUGAUGAAGCUUUGAGAUUCAAAUCCAUAACAAAAUGCUAUAAUCACAUAGAGACCUCAUCAAACACGUCCGACAUCAUUAAGAUGACAAAUGGUGAAACAACAUCCUACUGGCAAUCAGAUGGAAGUGCUCGGUCACACUGGAUACGGUUAAGAAUGAAGUCUGACAUAGUAUUGAGGCACUUGUCGAUCGCCGUAUCUUCUGGAGACCAGAGUUACAUGCCCCAGCAGGUGGCUGUUGCUGUUGGAAGGAAUCCGACCAACCUCCAGGAAGUUCGAGAGGUUCACAUUCCCAGCCAUAUAACAGGCUACGUGACGUUGCUGGAAAACGCUGACAUUAGUCAGAUGUAUGUACAGAUAAAUAUAAAACGUUGCCUCAGUGAUGGUUGUGACACUAGAAUACAUGGCCUAAGGACAGUGGGAUAUCAAAAGUUAAAGAAAUCUACAGUCUCCAUAUCGGAUGCUUCUGCGAUUUGGUAUCUAUCAUUGUUGACAUCAUUAGUAACAACUUCCAUGGAGACCAACCCUACUCUCGCACAAGCUGUUCAAGAACACACACAAAAAGCACUGCAACAUAUGCCACCGCUUUCCUUGUCUCUGGGUUCUUCGGAGUUCCCAAACUUCUUAUCACCAAAUGUUUUAGAUGAAGUGAACAGCUUCCUUGUCAGAACAGCAAGUUGCAGUUCUACUCCAGAUGUUGACCUGAACCUCCUGGCUUUUGCCUUGGCCAGUGGAAGUAUUGCUAAAAUAAUUACCUCACUUUGCACCGUUAUGGAUCGUGGUGAUGUGCAUUACAAAGCCUCAGCUGUACUCUCUUCCAUGGAAUCUGUAAGAAGUAACCUCCUCUACAAAUAUGGUAGACCACUACAUUUCAGUCUUAUUGCUUGUGAUGUCAAAGGCAAGGAGGAGAAAUCGGGGCCAGAAAACAUAUUAACAGAGCCAUGGACAGGGGAUGGCUUCCUUACAGAGGCUGGGAAGACCAGGGCUUGCAUAAUACUCUCAUCAGGAUCUGAAAUGGCUUUUCAAGUUACACAGAUGAGAAUCAGGGUCCGAAAAGGAGGUAUUGGUGCAAAGUGUGGCUUGGUGUUUGCUUACAAUUCUUCUGAUAAAUUUCACGCAGAGGAUCAUUUCAAAAGACUUGAAGCAUUUGACACAUGGAAACUUUCAGAAUUCAGACAGUUUGUUAAAGCAAGGAGUAACAAGCAAUGUAAUGAUUUGGACGAAUAUGAUCCCAUUGCCUGGUUUGAACUUGAAGAUGAAUGGGAUGAAAUAGAUAUUCAAAUGCAGCAAUCUAAAAUUGCCAAGUAUUGGAUGGUAAAGUUUCUGUGCACCCGUGAAGAUACAGCAGAACGUCUUGGAGUCCAAGGCCUCAGUGCAUUCGGAUACCAGAGAUCUUUAGAUGAAAAUACCAGUAUGACCUUGUCAUGUCUCAAGUGCAAGGAACUUCCUGAAGACAGUGUUUGUGGAAUGUCUCUGAUUCUGAAAACCUUACAUUUUAUUCAGCAGCUCGCACAUGAUAUGGGGAAAGACAACCGAUCUAAAUACAAGCCAAUUCUUGACUUUUCUGGGCUGGAUUUACAGCUCUUUUGGAAGUUCUACAAAAAGUUACAUGAUAAUCAAAGAGAAGAAUGUAUUACUGCUCAGACUAUCUUGCUGCAGUUGCUAAAGAGCUGUUCCCAUGUAUUGAUUGCAGGAAAUCCAACUCAAGACAAAUGUUCAAAUCAAGUCUGCGCUGCUCAAGAGCUUUACAAGCAUAUGUGUGAUGCAUUAGACAGCAUGGACAGCAUUUCGUUGUCAUCCAGAGCUCUCAAACAAGAAAUUACCAAUACCUUACUAAAUGGAGCAGCUAUUUUUUUUCCUGAUGGUCUAACCAGGAGAGAGCGUCUUUUUUCAUUAAUGAAAAGCAUCACAGAAAAGGAGCAGCCACAAUCAGGUCACAUCACCUUUCAGUCUCUAUGCACUUAUUUUAGUGAACAGGACCCAAGUGGACUUGUAUUGCUGCCUGAAAUGGGGUUUCCUGCAGAUUUUGAUAUCAACCAAGUCCUUUGUACUAUGGAGUCACUGCUUUUUACAGCAGUUCAAGAGUGUAACAAGCUGGUGAUUGAUUCCUCGGAGGGAGUAUGUAGCUCAAUCUUGAAUUCCUUAUUCUGGGCUGUUCAAGGAAGCCUGUUGUCCUGGUGCUACAGUCAACUCAAAAGUGAUGAUACUAUAGCCCAGGUUAAGUCCAGGGAACUGCUUGUAAAGUAUGUAGAACUUUUUCUAUCAGGUGCUAGAAGUCUCUUGGAACAUCUUCUUUGCCAAUGUAAUGGGAAGGAAAUAGUUGAAAAACUUAAAACCUCCAUCUUUGCUAUGGCCACUAGACAGCUGAUAACAUUCUUGUUAGAGUUCUGUGCCCUUGACAUUCCACACUGUUCAUUGCUCAAGAAUUUUAGCACCUUAAACAAGCUAUUGAAAAAGCUUUGUGGAGAUGACCCUGAAGAAAGUAAAAAUAAGAUUGAGAUGGAAAAUUGGAUCCAGGUUCAACAACCAGUGGUACUUCAGACCUGGAAUAUUGAGUCCUCUCACAACUAUGAGAACAACUGUCGUGAUAAAACAGUCUUCCUUUGCCCUGGUGCAACAUAUUUUGAAGUGGAGUUUGAUGAUAAAUGUGAAACAGAAAAGAGGUACGAUUAUUUGGAGUUUACAGACGCUAGAGGUGGUAAAGUUCGAUAUGACCAUAAAGUUGGUAGUGAAAAAUGGCCUAAGAAGGUUACUUUUAAAGCUGGCCCACAACUGCAGUUUUUGUUUCAUUCGGACAGUAGCCACAAUGAGUGGGGCUACAAAUUCACUGUCACAGCUUAUGGCCUUCCAGACAUUACCCUCUCUUGGGGCUCUGACUUGCAACUCCUUGUGGCAAAAUUGAUGGGCCGUCUGGCUUCUAGAAGUAUGGCUUUAAAAUCCACGUGUGAGCUUGGUUCUAUAGCAGAAAUAUUGCCACCAAAAGUCACUGCUGUUAUUUCUUCUCCAUUAUGGAAACCAAUUUUUAAACAUCAGGUGUACACAGAAAUUGAUUCAAAUUCAAAAUUGCCUUCCCACAUUGAAGAAAAACAAGAGACUAAGAACUCUCAUGCAGAUGAAUGUCGUAACUUUCUCCUUGACUUUGCAAACUCAGAUCCUACCCAGGAUUACUGUGGCCCUAACUCUGAACUUUUCAAAGGACUUGUGCAGGCAUUUAGGAAACAGCCGCCAAAGAGUGAUAUAGCGGGUGGUGGUGCAAUUGAUCAAGCUGUGAAUUGCACCUUUGCUGCACUGGUUUAUCAUACCCCAGAGUUGUUUGGAAAACUUCAGAAAUAUGUGUCUUGUGGAUUAAGCAUUGCUUUGUGUGAAGAACUUUCCCAGGUUUAUGCUUUGGCAGAUGGAAUUAGGAUAUGGAUGUUAGAGAUGAAACAGAAAUCUCUACACACCAAUGGAAGUGACAAGCUUUCUUUGGACCUUCCUGAAAUGAACCCAGAAGCCCUAGCAAAACAGUGUAUUGAGAAAAGUAUAUUACUGCUCAAGUUUCUACCAGAGAAGUCUAGGCUGAGAUUGGACAGCUGUCAUUCAAAUGAAGACUAUGACUUGACUUAUAUUCAAGGAAACCAUAGGAAAAGUUCUAUAGUAGAAGCAGAUUUUCAAGCUUCAAAUUCUCCUGAAACUACUCAUCCUUCUUUGCCAGUGAUGUCUUCAGUGCCUUACCCUAGUUGUCAUAAAAAACAGGAAUCUGACCGCUUCCAUUUUGAUACACCAACUGGUCUUCAAAAUAAAAACCCAGAAAAGUUAGAAGAUACUGCUUCUCCUCCUCCAACUCCAACACGUAAAGUACCAUUUAGCAGGGCUAAAUUAAGACUGCUUUCAUUUCGAUCAAUGGAGGAACCCAAAGUUGUGCCUACAGUAAAAGAAAAAUUUCCAGUUCUGAAGAAUAUCUUAGAUUUCGUAAAGGAACCAACAAUUUCACAUGAAAGUAUUUUGCAGGUCCUUGCUUUGCGAAAAGCCCAGGCCAAAAGCAUAAUCCAAGUUCUACAUAUAGUCCAAGAGUGUCUAGAGAUUUUGGGUCAGCCACAUUUUUUCCAGCCCCAGUGUGUGCUCUUUUUAUUGGAGCUGCUUGCCUGUCAGACGGAAUUCACAAACUAUUUUGGUCACUUGGAAGGCUGUGGUGAACAACUGCACAGAGAAGUUAGAGAAUCUUACUACCAACUUGUUAUGAUGGUUAUUAAUGCUGUUAAGAGUUUCAGCAACCUUAAUGACCGGUCGCUGCUUCCUGCACUGUCAUGUAUGCAGACCAUACUACUUCACAUGAUAGAUAUGAGCUGGGAGCCAGAAGAUCUUUCUUUUUUUGUCAGUAUUGGCCUCCCAGAUCUUCUUUUAACCAUGUCUCAAGAGAACAUAAGUACCCAUGACAGCAUUGUUAGUCAGUGGGAAGAAGAUGAUGAGAGAGCAGAUUAUAGGCAGAAUCUUCAAUGGCUGGAUGAGUGCAAGGAUGGUAUGUUUGAAACAUGGUAUGAAAAGAUUGCUCAGGCGGAACCAGAUGCUAGAAGAAAGGUGCAAGGGUUUACAGCUUCCUUUCUAUGUGGUCUGGUAUGGAAUAUUGCUCUGAAAAUGAAGUAACAGCUGCCAACUCUUCCACGGAUGGCUUUAAGGAGAGUGAGAAAGAUUUAUUAACCAAGAAAUCUCAUAUUUUGGAUAUAAACUCAAAAGAAGUUAAAGGCAAAGGGCACGAGGAUGAAAAUAUUAUCUCAGGGUCUCAGAAAAGCUCUCCAACAAUGGAUCAAAUAAACAAAGAUGCAUCUGAGAAGGUUUUGCAGGACAAUGAAGCUGAUGAUUCAGGCCUUGACCUCACAAAAGAGAGAUAUCUGUUUGCUGGUGACCUAGCCAAGAAACAAAUAGUCGACAAAGCGAUUAUCCCAAGCCCCGACCAAAUUUUUACAGAAUGUUCUCAAGAAAGAAUUCUGGGCCUCCUAGCAGCCAUGUUACCUCCAUUAAAAUCGGACUCCCUGACCUCCAUAGCAGAUCUUCAGCAGGUCCUCCCGCUGAUGUUCCAGGUGGUUAUAUUUAACGUUGGCCAUUUAAAUGAAUCAUACCACUUAACUUUGGGCCUUCUUGGACAGCUAAUCUUGAGAAUGCCUCCAGUGGAGGUGGAUGCUGCUGUGAACAAAGUCUUGUCUGUGAGAGAUGGUAGUGCUGCUAUGCCUGGUUGGAUUACUACACAGCUGUUGUUCAGUUUAGGGGCUGUGUGUCUGGACAGCAAAGCCCUCGACUGGGCUUGUACAAUGUGUGAUAUUCUGCGAGAAUUAAAUGACUCUCUGCAAUGGCACAAAGUUUUAGAGUCUUUUAUGGACCACAGUAUACAACAGCUGCCUCUCCAGCUUAAAAACACAAACAUCUUCACAUUGUUGGUCCUUGUUGGUUUUCCAGAGGUACUUUGUAUGGGAACACAUUCUGUCUACAUAGAUAAUGCCAAAGAGCCUCAUGAUGUCAUCAUAUUGAAGCACUUCUCUGAGAAGAACAGAGCUGUUGUAGUUGACAUCAAAACACGGAAGAGAAAAACAGUAAAAGAUUACCAGUUGACGCAUCAGGGGGACUGUGAUAGCCGUGGAUUGCAAGACCAGCUCAAGAAGUAUCUUAAACACUUUGCUUUCAUAGCAAGUCAUCUUUUACAGUCAAACUUGGAUGCCAGCAGUGCUGAAGGUGUAGAAGCUACUUGGGUUCUAUCACUUGUCCUCAAAGGAUUAUACAAAACCAUUAAGAAUCAUGUCUUUGAAGAGCUUCAAACUGCUUUCAUUACCUCUGGCCUACUAAAGUUGUUGGUAAGAAAAUGCAGCAAAGGGACUGGAUUUAGUAAAACUUGGCUCCUUCGAGACUUGGAGAUCUUAUCUAUAAUGCUGUAUUCCUCAAAAAAAGAUAAGCACUCUGUGCCUGAACAAGAGGAUACAGGAUCUGAAAAGCAAGACCAAGAUAAGGACCUCAGUGUCACAAGUGACAGCAACAUUGAUUUGGAUCAUACCAAACCAGACCCGUUAGAUGGUCUUGAUGAAGCUACUAAAAUAUGUUUUCAGGUAAUUAAUAAUGGCCUCCAUGUGCCAUUACACAUUCUUCGUGCCAUUUAUGAAAUGCAGAUGAAAAGCACAGAUUCCUUCCUUCAGGAAAUUCAUAAGAGAUUUGAUGAAAACACAGGUGUAAUAGAUGAGAAGAUCAAGAAGAUGGCACAGAAAUGGCAGCCACGCAAGCAGGCCAAAUUAGAAGAUCAGAGUUUGAAGGUUGUGGACACCGAUAUGAUCAUUGCGCCCUGCAUGCUGAAACCUACUCAGUGUGAAAAAGCAACAGAAGAAUCAAAUCCUGUCAGCCAGAAGCUUAUUGUUACCAGUGAGAGUGACCUUCAGCAAAGUUUUGCAAAACAGAGACGCACCAAAAGCUCCAUCUUGCUUCGCAAGGAACUAGACUCCCGCAACAAGAAAGCAGUGCGAGAGUAUCUGUACCAUGUUAAUGAGGCUACAGGUGUAAUAUAUGCUCGCCAUGUACUGGCAUCACUGUUGGCUGAAUGGCCUGAUGGUGUCCCAUUAAAUGAAGACAUCCUGGAGCUAAGUGGAUCAGCUCACAUCACAUAUAUUUUAAACAUGCUAAUGCACCUAGAGGAGAAACAGCUAUGGGAGAAGAUUUUGCAAAAAGUACUUGGUGGCUGCAGUGCAAGCAUGCUGAGGACAGUGGCACUUACAGCCUGCCAGUUUAUGGAAGAGCCUGGGACAGCGGCUCAAGUUCGUGAAUCCAAACAUCCAUACAACAAUAAUACAACAUUUGAGGACAAAGUUCAUAUUCCUGGUGCAAUUUACCUGUCUGUCAAGUUUGACCAAAUGUGUAAUACUGAAGAGGGAUGUGAUGAGUUGGUUAUUUCUAGCUCCUCAGACUUCAAGCAAGACCAGCACAGGUUUAGUGGGCCACCAAAAAAGUGGAUAGACUUUGAACUUCCAGGAGACACAUUAUUCUAUAGGUUCACCUCUGACAUGAGCUGUACAGAGUGGGGUUAUAAGUUCACUGUGGCUGCUGGACAUCGUGGAAGAUUUCAAACAGGUUUUGAAAUUUUAAAGCAGAUGCUUUCUGAUCAAAGAGUUGUUCCCCAUCUUCCUGUAUCCAACAUCUGGGAGUGGCAGGUUGGAGUUGCAUGUCGGCAGACUGGCCACCAACGAUUAAAGGCUAUUCACUUACUACUGAAGAUUUUACAACUUAAUCCUUUAAGUGAUUGUGACCUCAAAUUAUUGCGUCCCCUGUGGCCAGUUUUUACCCAGAUGGAAAACAUAGCUGGCCAAGACGUAAGCAGCUCAGAAUUUCUCCUCCCCUUGCACCGAGCACUCACUGAGCUUUUUUUCAUUGCGGAGAGCAGAGCAAAUGAUUUAGGAUGUUUGCAGGAUUUUCUCCUAACACUUACUACAGAUGAUCAAAUAUCUCAGUACACAGAACAAGCACUGAAGAAUAUUGCUGCAAUAAGCUUUUCUAUCAACUACCCAAACAAGUCAACCAGUGCUUGGAAUGUCUGACCUUAUGGUAAAUGAUGUUGGAAUGCAAUAUACAUGUUGUAUCCACAACCUUCUAAAUAAAGCCCUGGGGAACAGCAUCACUUAAGCCAAGUGUAUACACGAUUCUACACCUGCAACGUACUAUAGUUUCAUUUGAAAAUGGUGUAGUCUGCUGAACAGAAUCACUCAAUAUUAUUAAAGGAAAAAGGGGGAAUUAAUUCAGUUUCCCCAUUUAGGAUCUCUUUGCCAGUAUCGUAUAACAAGCAAAUCAAGGAAUUAUUCUGCUUGUCAAGGACUAUGUUUUCUGUUUUCCUAAUUAUAAAAUGCAAAUGCAUUGAUGAGACUGGCAUCUUUGAAGAUUUAUGGGUUUAAGGCAUUUACAGGACCUGAAGGAUGUAUAGAAAAAUGUCUGUACAUUUAAACUAGUUUCUUCAGUUAUCUUUUUUUUUUUAAUACCCGUGUUUAUAACUCCAUUGGUAGUUCUUUUCAUUUCUGAUUCACUACAUAUACAUAUUUAUAAUCUAUGGGGUUUUUUUUUUGCCACUUUACAUAACUUUCAAUUUCUUAAAUACAUGUGAUCACAUUUAUUAAAGGAAAAUAAUCCCUUUUCCUUCAACAAUUUAUUUUUUGGGUGGACUGGACUGUACCUUUAACAGAUUUUUUUUACUCCAAAACGAACACUGGAGGAUACAGAAGAGAAAGUCAUGAUUUAACCUUGCAAUGUAGAAUUGCCUGCAAGUAAAGCUUUAUUUUUUUUCUUAGGUUUUUACAGCCCUUAUAAUAUGUUUUAAGAUUGAUCUAUAUUUAUCAGUCCACCUUCCAUGCCAAUGUAGAUUCUCUGGUUGCAUAACAUUUUUUGUACUAGUUUAAUCUUUAAAAUGAUAGUUCAAACUUGAAUUAUCAGAAAAUGCGGGUACACGCGUGUUAUGAAGAACAGAUGGCCGUUUCCGUAUAAAUAUUUUGCUACUUAUAACAAAGCAAGAGCAUGUUACUCAGUCUUUUGUAAUAAUAGUUAAGUGGUUCUCAACAUGGGCACUGUUUUACAGCAGUUAUUUUGUUUUUUUGGUGGCUUAAGAAAAUAAACAGCAGUAGAAAGGACACUGGAAGUUAAAAACCUGAGGGUUAUGUUGAGAAGUGUACCUCCUAAUAUGAAUAAAAUCCUUGCCAUUCAUAGUCUAGUUAAUGUUUUAUAGGGGGAAGAGGAAGCUUUCCCUCAUACCUAAUGCCUCUAAAAAUAAAGCUUUAUUAAACCUGAAACAGUUCUGUUUUAUGACAUAGAAAAACACUUAAAGGGAUAUGAAACCCAAAAAAUGUAUUUUGUGUUUGAGACAGAGCAUACCAUUUUAAAAAUGUUUACCACUUCUAUUACCAAAUGUGCUUUGUUCCCAUUAUAUUCUGUGCUGAAGAGAUACCUAGGUAGGCAUGUGGAGCACUGCAUGGUCAGAAAUAGUGCUGACAUCUAAUGCUCUUGCAAAUGAAUAACAUUGUUCCAAAACAUUGUGCCGGCUCCUUAGGAUACGUCCCUGCUUUUCAACAUAAGAUAUCAAGAGAACAAAGAUAAAAUGAUAAUAGAAUUAAUAAGAAAGUUGUUUAAAAUGACAGGCUCUAUGUGAAUCAUGAAAGGAAAAUAUGUGGGUUUCAUAUUAAAUUAAGAACUGGUCCAAAUGCUUAACUACCUAGGGCACAAAAAUAUAAGAAGCCCGUGAAGAAAGAUUCUUUUUCGAUACUCGUGUAUGUUCUUCCCAGUCACAAAGACUCGGUGAAACGUUUGGCAGCACAAGGUAUACAAAUCUGGGCAGUCCUAAAACAUAUUGGUGUGCAUCAUCCAUAUGGUAAAACACUGUGGCACCACUGGGCUAGAACAACCUUUCAUUUUAGGUUAAAGGGACACUAUACUCAAAACAUUUCUAACAUCUAUAUAAAAGAAUAUUUAACAUUUUGUUCUGCAUUAAAAGCUAUUUAAACUAAAACUACUAUUCAAAGCCUAUGCACACUGACCAAUCGGCACUUCCUGCAAAUGAUCAUUGGUUGAUAGGUACUUCCAGCAUAAGUCAACAAUCACUUGUAGGAAGUUCUCAGCUGAUACCGGUAUGUCAGUAUAGUUUUUGCUUUACAUUUAUUCAGCUAAUAAAAAUUUCAACAUAUAUAAAUAUUGCUCUUUCUUAACAAUGACAGAACAUUUUUGACACAAUGUCCCUGUAACUGUAGUUACGAUUCCUGCUUAAUCUAUUUUCAUCUCUUGUUUCAAACACGUGGCUGCAAAGUCAAUUUUUACUUUCUGAAUCAUGUUGGGUUUUUUUUGUUUAUUUUUACUGACUUCUAUUUCUGAACUAUUAUUGAUACACAAUAUUUAUCCAAGAAUGUUGUUUUCUGCAUAUUUGAAAUGAAUCGGUUAACGUUAUUGACAUUGAGGAUUUGCUUUUCCUUGAAGGCAAUUAACAACUUUUCCUUUUUUCAUCUGUCAUAGAGAUUUGAUUUUUCUUGCACUGAAAUGCUGAAAAUGCAUUGUUCUUCCUUUUGAAUUAGUAUUUUCAAUCAUUUACAGAGUUGGUCAUGCAGUGGCCCCAAAUACAUGAUACGAAGUGAUAUGACUGUUCAGUAUAUAUGAAGCACCAAAUGCAUUGAUGUGAAUUUUACGAUUUAAUAAUAUUUUACUGGCUUAAUGGUAUGUUAAGAAAAAUGUGCCUAAUAAUAUAUCAAAAACACUGUACUUUGCUUUUUUGAGUUUAUUUCUUUGUGUUUUUUUAAGGUUUUAAUUGUUUUUGUUAUUGGGGUAAAUCUUUUUUUUCUUAUUUAGUUGUAAAGAAAGUAGCAUACUAUAAAUUUCAACUGUAAAAAGUUAUAGAUAUGAUCUAAAUAUAAAGUGCAAAAUAAGAGAUUUAUUGUUAAAUAAAAUCACUAAUAAAAUUUAAAUGAAUGCAA